ACAGACUGGCGGGCGGGCGGGCGCUGACGCCGCGGGGCCGGAGCGGGCCGCGCGGGAGCGCGCGGAGGGAGCAGCGGCGCCGUCUGUCCUCGUCGGGGCUCCGGGGGUCCCCGACUCGCCCCUAGCCGGGCCAUGGCCGGCGCCAGGCCCGGCGUCCACGCGCUGCAGCUGGAGCCGCCCACCGUGGUAGAGACCCUGCGGCGCGGGAGUAAGUUCAUCAAAUGGGACGAGGAGGCCUCCAGUCGGAACCUGGUAACCCUGCGUGUGGACUCCAAUGGCUUCUUUCUGUAUUGGACCGGACCCAACAUGGAGGUGGACACACUGGACAUCAGUUCCAUCAGGGACACGCGGACGGGUCGCUACGCCCGCCUGCCCAAGGACCCCAAGAUCCGGGAGGUGCUGGGCUUUGGGGGCCCUGAUGCCCGGCUGGAGGAGAAGUUGAUGACGGUGGUAGCUGGGCCAGACCCGGUGAAUACGACGUUCUUGAACUUCAUGGCCGUGCAGGAUGACACAGCCAAGGUCUGGACCGAGGAGCUGUUUAAGCUGGCUAUGAACAUCCUGGCUCAGAACGCCUCCCGGAACACGUUCCUGCGAAAAGCAUACACAAAGCUGAAGCUGCAGGUGAACCAGGACGGACGGAUUCCGGUGAAGAAUAUCCUGAAGAUGUUUUCAGCAGAUAAGAAGCGGGUAGAGACUGCACUGGAAUCCUGUGGCCUCAAUUUCAACCGGAGUGAGUCCAUCCGGCCCGACGAGUUUUCCUUGGAGAUCUUCGAGCGGUUCCUGAAUAAGUUGUGUCUGCGGCCAGACAUUGACAAGAUCCUGCUGGAGAUAGGCGCCAAGGGCAAGCCUUACCUGACGCUGGAGCAGCUCAUGGACUUCAUCAACCAGAAGCAACGGGACCCGAGGCUCAACGAGGUGCUGUACCCACCCCUGCGGCCGUCCCAGGCCCGGCUGCUCAUCGAGAAGUAUGAGCCCAACCAGCAGUUCCUAGAGCGAGACCAGAUGUCCAUGGAGGGCUUCAGCCGCUACCUGGGCGGUGAGGAGAACGGCAUCCUGCCCCUGGAGGCCCUGGAUCUCAGUGCGGACAUGACCCAGCCGCUGAGCGCCUACUUCAUCAACUCCUCACACAACACCUAUCUCACAGCGGGGCAGCUGGCCGGGACCUCGUCGGUGGAGAUGUACCGGCAGGCGCUGCUGUGGGGCUGCCGCUGCGUGGAGCUGGACGUGUGGAAAGGCCGGCCGCCCGAGGAGGAGCCCUUCAUCACCCAUGGCUUCACCAUGACCACGGAGGUGCCGCUGCGGGACGUGCUCGAGGCCAUUGCGGAGACUGCCUUCAAGACCUCACCUUACCCUGUCAUCCUCUCUUUUGAGAACCACGUGGACUCGGCAAAGCAACAGGCCAAGAUGGCCGAGUACUGCCGGUCCAUCUUUGGGGACGCACUGCUCAUCGACCCACUGGACAAGUACCCGCUGGCCCCAGGCGUCCCCCUGCCCAGCCCGCAGGAUCUGAUGGGCCGCAUCCUGGUGAAGAACAAGAAGCGACACCAGCCCAGCACCGGUGUCCCCAACAGCUCUGUGCGCAAGCGGCCCCUGGAACAGAGCAACUCGGCCCUGAGCGAGAGCUCGGCCGCCACCACUGAGCCCUCCUCCCCUCAGCUCGGGUCCCCCAGCUCUGACAGCUGCCCAGGCCUGAGCAACGGGGAAGAAGUGGCCCUGGAGAAGCCCAGCCUGGAGCCUCGCAAGUCUCUGGGCGAGGACGGGCUACAGCGGGGCACUGAUGCUCUUGGAUCUGCAGACCGUGAGGAUGAGGAGGAGGAUGAGGAAGAAGAGGAACAGACAGAUCCUAAAAAGCCAACCACAGAUGAGGGCACUGCCAGCAGUGAGGUCAAUGCCACCGAGGAAAUGUCCACACUCGUCAACUACAUCGAGCCUGUCAAGUUCAAGUCCUUUGAGGCUGCUCGAAAAAGGAACAAAUGCUUCGAGAUGUCAUCCUUCGUGGAGACCAAGGCCAUGGAGCAACUGACCAAGAGCCCCAUGGAGUUUGUGGAAUACAACAAGCAGCAGCUCAGCCGCAUCUACCCCAAGGGCACCCGCGUGGACUCAUCCAACUAUAUGCCCCAGCUCUUCUGGAAUGUCGGCUGCCAGCUUGUCGCGCUCAACUUCCAGACCCUGGACGUGGCGAUGCAGCUGAACGCAGGCGUGUUCGAGUACAACGGGCGCAGCGGCUACCUGCUCAAGCCCGAGUUCAUGCGGCGGCCAGACAAGUCCUUCGAUCCCUUCACCGAAGCCAUCGUGGACGGCAUCGUGGCCAAUGCCUUGCGGGUCAAGGUGAUCUCGGGGCAGUUCCUGUCGGACAGGAAGGUGGGCAUCUAUGUGGAAGUGGACAUGUUCGGCCUCCCCGUGGAUACGCGGCGCAAAUACCGCACUCGGACUUCUCAGGGGAAUUCCUUCAAUCCCGUAUGGGACGAGGAGCCCUUUGACUUCCCCAAGGUGGUGCUGCCCACGCUGGCUUCCCUGCGCAUCGCGGCCUUUGAGGAGGGCGGCAAGUUUGUGGGGCAUCGAAUCUUGCCCGUCUCGGCCAUCCGCUCAGGGUACCACUACAUCUGUCUGCGGAACGAGGCCAACCAGCCGCUCUGCCUGCCGGCCCUGCUCAUCUACACUGAAGCCUCUGACUACAUUCCUGACGACCACCAGGACUACGCGGAGGCCCUUAUCAACCCCAUCAAGCAUGUCAGCCUGAUGGACCAGAGGGCCAAGCAGCUGGCUGCCCUCAUUGGGGAGAGCGAGGCUCAGGCCAGCCCAGAGACCUGCCAAGAGACUCCGUCUCAGCAGCUGGGGUCCCAGCUGACCCCAAACCCCACACCCAGCCCACUGGACACUUCCCCGCGCCGGGCCCCAGGCCCGGCCACGUCCUCUAGCAGCACCUCCCUCAGCAGCCCAGGCCAGCGGGAUGACCUCAUCGCCAGCCUCCUCUCAGAGGUGGCCCCGGCCUCGCUGGACGAGCUCCGAGGCCACAAGGUGCUGGUGAAGCUCCGGGGCCGGCAGGAGCGAGAGCUUCGAGAGCUGCACAAGAAGCACCAGCGCAAGGCCGUUGCCCUCACGCGCCGGCUGCUCAGCGGCCUGGCCCAGGCCCGGACGGAGGGCAGGUGCCGCCCACGGCCGGGUGUCCCAGGUGGGGAGAACGAGGAGGAGGAGGAGGAAGAGGCGAAGCAGUAUCAGGAAUUCCAGAAGAGACAGGUGCAGAGUCUCCUGGAGCUGAGGGAGGCCCAGGCUGAUACUGAGGCUGAGCGGCGGCUGGAGCACCUGAGACAGGCUCAGCUGCGGCUCAGGGAGAUUGUCCUGGAGGCUCACACAACUCAGAUCAAGAGGCUGAAGGAGGUGAACGAGAGGGAGAAGAAGGAACUGCAGAAGAUUCUGGACAGGAAGCGUCAUAACAGUAUCUCAGAGGCCAAGACAAGGGAGAAACAUAAGAAGGAGGCGGAACUGACAGAGAUUAACCGCCGGCACAUCACCGAGUCGGUCAACUCUAUCCGUCGGCUGGAGGAGGCCCAGAAGCAGCGGCACGAGCGCCUUGUGGCUGGGCAGCAGCAGGUCCUACAGCAGCUGGCAGAGGAGGAGCCCAAGCUGCUAGCCCAGCUGGCCCAGGAGUGCCAGGAACAGCGGGCAAGGCUGCCCCAGGAGAUCCGCCGGAGCCUGCUGGGCGAGACGCCGGAGGGGCUGGGGGACGGGCAUCUGGUGGCCUGUGCCAGUAACGGUCACGCACCUGGAAGCAGCGGGCACCUGUCCGGCGCUGACUCGGAGAGCCAAGAGGAGAAUACGAAGCUCUGAACUGGACGAGCUCGAGAGGUGGCCGCAGGAGGGGUGCUGGGAGGGCAGGAAGCUAAGACACUAAUGCCUUUUUUUUUUUUUUUAACUUUCUAUCUUUAGAAAUUUUAUUUUUUUAAACUGGGGCGAGCACCCCACACUAACUCCCUUCUUUCACCCUCCUGGAGCCCCAUUAGUCCCCAGCCCCUCCUUCCUGCCUUCAGUCCUAAGGAGGGUGCUGGGUCACUGGGCCACCCGGGUUUUGCCCUCCCAUGAUACCCACGCCCCAGAGUGGGAGCUGACUCCCUCACUUCCCCGGGGAACACUGGCAGAGACUUUGAGCUCUGGGAAGUAGGGGGUCAUAUGCUUUCUCUAUUCUUUGGGAAUCUUUUUUUUUUUUUUUUUUUUUACAUGAAUAAAAGUGGAUUUCAGGGA